UGUGAUUUACGGUCUCGCCGGCCGCUAACCACACGCCGAGUGUCGUCGUCGUCGUUUCGUUUGGUUUGUUGGUUUUAUUUUCGUUUCGUUUGUUUUGGCAAAGGCGAGCUGUACAAGCCCUCCUCUUGUAUUUCGGUUUUGUUUCGGUUUCUUUUGCCGUCGCCGUACCCGUCCAAAGGCUGGUGAAACGCGCGCGCAAACGCCGUGCCCGCCGUCCGUCUCUCGCUCGCCUGUGUCCGCAACGGUCCGUAUCCGUGCGUUCGGAUCGCAUGUAUUAUAAUAAUAUAAUAUUUAUUUUUAUUGUUGUGCAAACUUGACCGCUUCUCAUUCUUCUCGUCUUACUUGGCGCGCGUUCGGACGGAUCCGCACAUUUGGAUUACACAAGUCGCCGGAUCGCCGACCCAUGCUGGCCGAGUCAUGUGGAACAAAUCGUCAUGCGUAAAAACGUUAAAUCAACGUGACUGUCGGCCAUCGAACGUUGUUGCUGACCCACAAAUGCAGUUUAAUGGACAGCGGCAGUGCGCUUAAUUCGGACGGGUACAAUAUGUACCAGAUACAGUCGCUGCUGUCGUCGUUUCACAUAAUCGUCAACCGCGUUGUUCGUUCUUGCCACUGUUCGGUUAGUCUGUGCUGUUGUGCAUAGAAAAUGUAAAUGCUUGGGCGCAGAUCGACCGAGUGUAGUAGACAACCAAAGCCAAUCGCGCAAUAUUAUGGACGUAGCGUCCAGUGAUUACUUGAAGACUGCGUUGUUCUCGGGUGACAACGGCCCUGACACGGGUAACCGGGAGAGCCUGCGACUAAUGGAACUCGGGCUUCAUCUGGAAACCCUGCACGAUGGAUCACACAGGAUCAACACGUCCGUGGACCACUUGCUGAACGAUCCCACCCUGUCGGAGAGAAACAACAACGAAUUUACUUUCGCCAACAAUAACAACAACAACAACAAUAAUAGUAAUAACAACAACAAUAACGGCUUCGAGGCGAUCAUCGGUGGCGACCACGGUUUCGACUUGGACUGCGCGCCCACGUCGUUCCCAGACAAGUCGGACAUAGCCGAUCAAUGGCGAACGCUCAACACGGACGGUGCCAUCUACACCGUGGAGGUGGUGAACAACUCGGACGGCGGUACCGGCGAAUCGCUGUGGUGCAUGCCCGCGCUCACCGAUCACCAUCAGGGCGGCAGCGCGGUCACCAAUUUCGACGAGACGCUAUUGUCGAUGGACGGCGGCGGCGACUCGUCCAACCCCGCCGGCAGGUACGUGAUCAAACAGGAGCCCACCGAGUACGUUAAACAGGACGGCAGGUACGUGAUCAAACAGGAGCCCACCGAGUACGUCAAACAGGACGGCAGGUACGUGAUUAAACAGGAGCCCACCGAGUAUAUCAAACAGGAACCGGGCGAGUACACCGGCGACGAACUGCUCCGGAACGCGUUGCUGGGCAAAACUAAUCACAAUCAUCACCAGAGGUACGGCGAUAAGGACGUCAAGCCAUCGGUGUCGACGGCGUCCGACAGCCAGAACUCGUCGCCGGGACCGGUGUCCAUGCAGGACGUGGCGUACCCGUCGACGUCUACCGUGGACAUGCAAGACGUGUUGGCCACGACCAACAACAGUAACGGCAUCAACGGCAACACGAUCGUGAUGAUCGAGGACGACAUGCCGUCGAUGUCGCUGCUGGUGGCCGGCGACGGCGCCGCCGCACAGAACGUCGAUGAUCUCCUCUUGCCAGACUUUGACUUCCAAUACAUCGAUGGCCUGGACAGCGACAUGUCUCAGUCGUUCCAGCAGUACUGCCCCACUAGUCAAGGGUUCGUGUCCUUCAUAACCGAGGUGGCAAAUAUCUCGCAGAUCCCGACCACGGUAGUGCUGGACCACCGGGAACCGGAACAGGUGUCCACUUCGUCGUCGCCGCCAGUGUGCAGGCCGGCCAAAAAGUACAACCGGCGAUCGCACCAAGGCAACGGCAAGACGAAGCUGACGUCGGCCGCUGUGUCAGCGUCCGCAGCCUCCGCGUCUUCCGUUUCGGGCGACGACCAGCCGGCCAACCCGCCCGCCAAGAAAGAACGAUCGCUGCACCACUGUCACAUAUGCAGCAAAGGCUUUAAGGACAAGUACUCGGUCAAUGUUCACAUACGGACGCACACUGGCGAAAAACCGUUUAUGUGCCCGGUGUGCGGCAAAAGUUUCAGGCAAAAAGCGCACUUGGCUAAGCACCAACACACGCACACCACGCCGGCCAAACCACAACCAUUGUCCAUCACGCAGGCCACCAUCAAAGGCCGACGGUCCACGUCCAGAUAGCCCCCCGACCCGCCCGAUCCUGUGCACGCCGCGCGUUACCAUCCCGAUCCUGUGCACGCCGCACGUUACCAUCCCGUCCCGGUAACGUCAACAACGUCGACGCGACCUUCGUUUAACUGUUAAGUACACAUAAUAAAUAUACUCGACUGUCCCAGGUCGUUGUUUCGGGAUUAUCGUGUACGUUAAUAAUAGGUACCCGUGCCCGUUUUUGGUAAAUUUAUGAAAAAAACGGUAAUUUAUUUUACGCGAAUUAACGUUUUGUUUUUUACGCUCGAUCGCCGAGCAACGCGAUUAUGUUUUUCUCUAGGAAAAACCCCGAUUUAAAUAUGUGAUUAUUAAUAAGUUAACCUCAUUAAUGAAGUAAAAAUAGUUAUUGUAUUAUUAUAUUAUUAUUAUUAUUGUUAGCGGCCCGCGAAUCAAAAUAUCGAUAUUUAAAUAAUAUUAGAAGAAAUAUUAAUAAUGAUAAUAAUAAAGAAUAAAAAAAUAAUAAUAAUAGUAAUUGCUAUUGUUAUUAUCACGCGUUUAUUGUAUUAAAUAGUUAAGUUUAAUAAGUAAUGUAUAAUAUAGAUUUACAUUUUUUUAUUACAUGUAAAUAGAUUAAUAUUAUAUUGAUAAAGUGUAUUGAACGACAAAGUACGUUUACAGUGGUCGAAAAGAAUUAUUGCACAACUCUAUGUAUUAUUUUCUAGUACUAUUCCGUCCUGAGGCCUGUGAUAGAAAACGACACUGUUUACUUAAACGCAAUACGACAAAACAUACAUAUAUACGGUUUUUGUUUGUAAAUUACAAUUUUAUUUGAUAGAGGUAAGGAAAUAUUAUACUACUUACGGAUUGAUUACUUAAUCAUUGUUAUACUUUUUUUUUAAUGUUUCAUUCGUGUUGGGUGUUCCUAUAAAGACUACCAUAACACCGACUUUUUAUUUUAAU